CUAAGUUCAACGUUUAAGUAGUCUCGCAGCAUCUCAAUCGCGGGAUCUCGAGGUUUUACUAGCGAAAAUGGGGCAAUGCGGCCGCCGCCCAUUUCCAGAUCACACGGUAUUGUCCUGACCAGGGGCCGAUGGGUGCUUGGCCGCGACUGGCAAGCUCAGCUAUCCCAACGGCACAACUACCAGCCCAGCCAUACUGCUGCCGCAAUACAGCAAACACCUUCUUGGCAGCUAAUCCAACCCUUCAGACGCCCCUCACAGUCAUAUGAAGCGCCAAAAUCCCCAUCCCGGCGCGAUUCGAUACGGAUUGUGCGCCAGGAGCGAUCGAUAUUCUCAGACUUACUCCUUGCCGAUGCUGCCGACCUGUAUCGCCUCCCCUCCGAACCACUCUCCGAAUCCAAGCUAUCCAAUCUACGGUUCCUGGCACAGUUGAGGUCCCCUCAGCUCAGCGUCAUCACUGCACAGGAAAUCCUCCGUCAGAUCCCAGAGCUCAGACCAGAUAUUGCGCGCCUGCUAUGCAACAGCCGACAGUGGCAGACGACUCUACAGCAAUUGUCAUCGAGAGGUCAUACACAGGUUAACUUGUCUAAUUGGGCUUGGAUAAUUAUCCCGCGCGAUCCGGACAAGAGGGUCGAAAGAUUUCUGAGCAGACCAGGUCACAAACCCCUCUUCGUCUUAUUCUACCUGCUCACCAGCAGGCCGUACUUUCAAAGCUCCGAAUCCUUGUUGGGACUGCUGAGAUAUUGUAAUGAAUGGUAUGCGGAACGAAACAUGUCGUCCGGCCAUGCGCCAGAGGCCUUUGACUUGGGCUCUGUAAUUACACCGGAUUUAUUCGGCAAAUUACUCGACAAACUGUGUCAGCAUGCGAGCAGACUGCAGCCCGACGCAUUACCUGAUAUCGCAGAGCUCUCAGUGGCGUACAUCAAAAAUAUUCCCUAUGGACAUCGUCACCCAGACAAGGCGUACAGGCUACAAUGCCAGGCGCUCAAUCGCGCUCUACAGGCUGUAUCAAUCGUAUCGAAGAAGUCCCCAUAUCAGUACAGCUCUUACAACUGGACAGCUGUGACUAAGCUUCUGUCGCUAUCAUCCACCUCGGAGAAGACCUUGAUCAUUGAGGAAGAGAGCUAUCGGGCGAUUCGGCAAGUCUUGCUAGCAUCACCAAAAACAGCUUCGGAACGAGACACGGCCAGCACUCUUGCCAGCCAUUGGCCCCCUCAUCGGAUUAUGCGAGAUGGUAUGGAAGAGAAAGCCGGUCCCGAAGCCUACCAAAGCCGAGUUGUCAAGGCCGGUGUGAUGAUGCAAGAGGGUGGAUACAGCAAGAAGGAUUUCGACUUAAUUACGGAUAUCCUAGGUGGCAUGGCUCCUGAUGGCUCACCGACAGUGCAGACUAGGGCGAAUUACCCACGCCACCUUCGUGUUGAGCAAGGUGCAUGGGCAGCUCAGAUUCGGACAACUCGAAAUGCACAAGAAGCUUGGGCACUAUUCAAACAUCCCCCAGAAUCAGGGAUGAAACCAACAUUUGAAGUGUACAGAGAAUUGAUAGCCAAGCUCUCUGCGAAGCCAGCAAAGGCCGGACAUCACAAUCUUCCAGGAGAUGGAAGGGAGGUCUUCCCCUACAACGAUGAGAACCUCAGCGACUUUGAGAGGGCGCGGACCAACCCACCUAGCAUUCGCAGAAUUGUGGAAGAGAUGUAUGCCGCGGGUAUUCCCAUUCGUGGACCCUUCUUGGCUGGACUGAUCAAGCAAUCACCCAGCGUCGAUAUUGCUUUGCAUCAUAUCGAUUGCAGUAGCUUGGAUGAGGGACUCAAAGGCAGUCUUAGGCAGAGUCUGAAAGACUACCAGGGUCUCACGGGGAAUGCGUUGAUAAACCCGCCACACGAGAUACUACACGCAUUCAUUGACCUGCUUUGUCGUCUCCAACCAAACCGAACAUCGAAUACGCCGCUACACAUCUCUAACAAGAGCAUGUAUAGUAUCCACUACGCCGUUCAACUUGCGCAAAUGGGCUGGGCUUCAGCCGACGUCUCUGGCCGGGUGCCAUGGGAGACAAUACUGCUCAAUUUGGGCAGAUCAAACAUCAUGGUCAGCAACAGCAUGCCCCGAGAGAACAAUAUCGAAGUGCUGCAUCUGGCAAUCAAAGCCUUAAAGAUGGCUGAGGGACAUUCCGGGCUCAGUCUCAAAAUGAUGACUGCGUUUGCCAGUGUAUUACGCAAAGCGGUCCAACCACGACUUGCCGCUUUGCUGACUAAAGAUGCGACCAAAUCGCCAGUUCAGUCUGACGAACAAGAAAUGAACGAAACGGAAACGCGAACGCCUCCCGUAGAAGGCGCGGCUACUUCACGGACUCUAGAUGAAGAUGAAGAGUUUCUAUCGCUAUAUCAAGAGCAGAGCAACAAAGUAAAGAUCCCCAAGGGCCGUGUCUUGCGUCUUUCUGGCUAUUUCAGCAAGCUAUCAUAUCGCCACCUCCUCCACCCCAUCUUCCAACGCGAAGAGCUGGGCCACGGCCAGACACCCAUCGAGACAGUCCAAAAAGCGUCGAGCCAACUCAAGGCCGCGUGGAGAGCACUCGCCACCCUUGGUCCGGCGUCCAACCCCGACGUGAACAAGCUCGUGACGGCAGCGACGAUCAACACGUACAUGCGCACGCUCGCGUUCCUUGGCGACCGCGAGGAGAUGGUGUUGCUGAUGUGGUGGGUCAUUCGUGAGUGGGUUCCCAAGGCCGGCGAGGACCUUUCGCUGGCGCACGCGCGGUACCUCACGAGGGCAUUUCGUGCGUUUCGCGCCUACGCGGAGCCGUUGCUCGAUGAGGAGAUGAUGAGUGCUCUGCGAGAGGAGGUUAUGGCACAGAGCGGUGGCAGAAACGGGGGGCCGAUGCACUGGCCGUCUGACGAAGAGGUGGAAGAGUAUAUAUACGAGGACGAAUGGGGUAACCAUCAGAAUCUGCAUGAGGUCAUCAAGCGUGGCCUGGCCUUGAAGCAAGAGCUGCCUGGGCCGGAGGAAGAGGUGCGGGAGAACGAGACAUCUUACGAGAAGUGUCGGAUGGGGGUUGCACGUGUAAGAUAUGUAUAAUCAUACCCACUACAUGAUGGGAACCCACAACAGGAAGGGCCAAUAUGCCAGGCGUCGUGUAUCAAAAGGAAUAGAAUCCGGGAAUACUUGGAUAGAUACCCAAUCAUACCAACAUCAAAG